AUGCCACCUGGUGUGCCUGAACCAUACUACAAAUCAUCUGAUCCUUACUGGCCAAACUCGCCAGAUCUUCCCGUUAAGCUCCUGUGCUCGACUCGUGGGGCUAUCCAUAUCCAGCUGGUUCCUGUGAAGCUGUCUUCUUCCACUUCCUCUCCUACCAUCUGGGCGGAGGCAAAUGCAAUCGUCCAGCAGCUCAAGACGACCGUUGCACGUCGUGAGGUCAGGAUUGCAGGGCAGAGGAAUGAUUUGCUUCUCAAACGGGAGCAGUCUCUGUUGAAGGCGGAGAUGACGCAACUGCAGCGUGCAGAAGACGUCAGAGAUCGCUUCACCAAGGAUGACAGUGAUGAGAGCGACGAUGAUAGCGGCGACGAAAGUGAUGAGGAGACUGAGCCCGAAGAGCCAGUCGUCCCGUCUGCUCUGGAGGUCGAGCCGGAAGCUUCGUUGGCGUCGCCACCUCAGUCAAAUCCAGAUGAGGUACCUACUGUUGCUGCCGCCGAGUUCACUAGCGACCUUGAUGAUGACAGCGACACGAACUCGCUAUUCGAUGGUGAAGUCGAUGAGAGCAGUUUCGACAUAUUGACGACUGCUCCCACCCAGCUUGAUGGCGGUGAGGCUACUGAGGCCGCUUGUGAAAGCACGGCGUUGGUGCCCACUACUGGGAUCCCACGGGAUACCCAGGCCUCGGUUGUGGUGAGAGUAGAUGGUGCCAAAGCCAAGCUCACCCUACAUAAUGGUGAGGAUGAUGCUGCCAAACCACGUGAUAGUCUGUCGCCGAUCAAGAAAGCUCUUGCUCCACUUGCUCUGCCUGGUAGAGCUGAUCUCAUCCAUCUUGGAGGCGGUGAGGUGACUGGUGCCGCUCGUAGUAGCGUGCCAUCGGUGCCCACUGCUGUGAUCUCAGGAUCGCAAGCCUCAGCUGUCGUGCAGACGGCUCUCCCGACCAUGAAGCCUCUUGCUUUGCCCACUGGCGGCCCCGCUACGUGGUGCCAACCUGCCAAGUUUGGUCGCCCGAGUCGGACGACCGAAGCCCCUAAUCCUGACUAUACAGGCGACCGGACGGCUUCGCCACCGCUGCCAUCAAAGUCAUCGGUCGUUGACCUCACCGCCAACGACAAGACGGCGGCGCAGGGUCAGAAGGUAGCUGUCACCGAACAGACGAUGUCAGCAAAGAAGGCUGGUAAGCGGCCACGUGCUGCUGAGCUAGACGACGACGAGCGGGCUUAUGCAAUCCAGUCAAAGAUCAGACUGCAGCAGCAUCGGGAGCAGCAAGACUUUCUCCGCGCGCAGCAGCUCUCCCUAGCUCAGCAUGUCGGCUGCCAGGACAGUCAACCAGGACCCUCCACGUGGGAACAGCAGCAGCAACAGUAUCUCGCGCCACCGCAGAGGACGCAAAACAUGAUGGCAGGCUCCUCGGCAUAUCAGCACGCGCUGCAGCAGCCCGUGUUACCAUCACCACAGCCUGACUACAUUGCAAUGCUUCAGCAGCGGCAGCAGCAACAGUACCACGCUGCCAUGCGAAGGGUAGCUUCUCAAUACUGUGCAGCCCCGCCGGUAGCACCGGCGACCUACAUGGCCUACCAGCAGCCACAACAGCAAGUGGGAAACUACCAGCAUCAGUCACAAGCGUUACAAUAUCCUGCUGCCAUGCCUCAGCCCGUCUACCAGCAGGCGCAGGCUUCGCCACCUGGCUUCCUGCCACAGCAAUACCAGCAGUGGCCGUAUCAACAGUAA